CGCGAGUCCAGGAGCAGCGCACGACCUCAAUCCAGCGAGCGACGAGAAGCCACGCUUCUUCCGAGUGAACAUCACUGUGGUUCACUUUGUUUGCUUCAUCUUACUUUUUUUCUUCCACCACGCUUCCCAUCCCGGUUGCAUCGCCUGCGGGUGCCGAACACCGGCCACAACACAGUGGAGCCCGACAAAGAUUUGACACAACCGCACCUGCCGCCAACAGCUCCUACAACCACCAUGGACUCGAUGCGCAGCCUCAACAAGUCGCUGCCCAAGACGAGAGGGCAGCACGACGUGCACCAGUCCUUCCGCACCGCUGCCCUGAAUGUGACGCACCUCUACAAGUCAGCGCUCGCCGACAUCGACAGGGCCCGUACCGACGGCUACCAGGAAGCUCUCGAUGAGCUGCUCACCUUCCUCGACAAGGAGAAUAUUGGUGUGGGCGACGGAGAGGGCUGGCGAGUACGGCAGUGGGCGACGGAACGACUAGACGGAAGUUUGCCCAAGCAGACGAGCAGCGACAGCGACGACGAAUACCUCGACAACAACCGCGCCAGAAGCUCAUCACCCAUCAUGGAUCGAACCCACAGCAUGGAAGACUCACGCACGCUGGCACCCACGGCGAUUACGGAAACACGCUCUGACUCUGCGCCGCCCCUCCAGAUGGAAGCUUCUACGACCGAGGCGGACAUGUCGCCGCUGCACCACAUCUUCGAAUUCUCUGCAGCCCAAGCUCUCCCGUCUGAAUCGCCAAACGAAACCGCCGUCGCCGACAUGUCAGCUGCUGCCCGCCGCGCUUUCCCUGCUUCUCGCCGCCCAACGAACCGCUCGUCUACCCGAAACCUCCAACGAUCCGCCGCUCAGAACCUCUUCCAGCUAGGCAACGGCGCAGGGCAAAAGAGACGACUCAUGAACGACUUCUUCAACGUUGAUGGCUUCAACGACCGGCGAGACGGCUCAUCAGGCGGAGGAUCUAAGCGCGGCCGCAUGUCAUAGCACCGCAGCUCGAAGCCUGAGGACCUGUUAUCGACCUCCAGGCAAUGACACGAACGGCUGUUCGACGAAUCACGACUACUUGCAUCAUACCCAGACGGCGCACAGGGCUAGUGGAUCAUUUUUUCAUACGCAUUGGGGGAGGCUUACUAGACGCAUUCUGUGGUGUUAUUGAUUUUGGUGGCUAUAUACCUUUUCGCAUUUUCUACGGGGUGGGAUAUCAUU